AUGUCCAUCCCUAUGAACCGCUUGGGCGGUCGCGCCUUCAACCAUGCCAACGACGAUGAUGAUGACGUCGAGCGCGAGUACGACCGCCUCCGCGACGCCGCCCGCGAGGAAGCCAACAAGCGCAACCAGUGCUUUGAGCGCUCCCAGCAAGCCUACCAAUCCGGCGACGGGGCGGCGGCCAAGGAGCUCUCCAACGAGGGCAAGCGCCACGCGCAGCGCAUGGAGGACCUCAACCGGCAGGCGUCGGAGUACAUCUUCCGGGAGAACAACGCCGCGGGGCGCGUGACGGGCAGCUGCAUCGACCUGCACGGCCAGUUCGUCGAGGAGGCGGAGCGGAUGUUGGAGGAGAGGAUCCGGGCCGACCGCGCGCGCGGCCAGGACCACCUGCACGCCAUCGUCGGCAAGGGUAACCACUCGACGGGUCACAUCCAGAAGCUGAAGCCGCGCAUUGAGGAGCUCUGCCGCGAGAUGGGGCUCAAGUACUCGACCGAGGACAACGCCGGGCGGAUCUAUAUCAACCUCCAGGGCGGGGACGCGACGAUGCCGCCGCCGCCGCAGGUCGGGGGCGGACACCACGGCGGACAGCAGCACGGUGGACAGCAGCACGGUGGACAGCAGCACGGCGGACAGCACCAUGGCGGACAGCAGCACGGCGGACAGCAGCACCAGCAACCGCAGCAGGACGAGACCGGCGACCUGGUUGUCAAGCUUCUCAAGAAGCUGGAGAAAGCUUGCUGUGUUGUCAUGUAG